AUGGAUAAGGAACCGAGCGCAGCGUCCGACCGGCAGGCGUACGACGAUAGUCCGGCAACACAGAACGAAUCUUCGUCGGCAUUGGGCUGGCUGCUGCUGUACAGUGUGGCCAUGUUUACGCUUCCCUUUGCGGCCUUCUACAGUACGCGGUACGCCCUGACGCACUAUCUGCACGUGGACGGGUUUGCCAAUACCUGCGGCUCGGUCGUGGCGGCGGUACUGGUCGUGAACGUGAUCAUCUUCCUGUACGCCGUGCGUGGAUAUGAAGAUGCGAAGGAUGACGAUAACAACCACGAGCCCACGACGGAGGAAGGCGACGAACGCAAGGAUGAAACUAAAAAGUCGAAGUAGAUAUUAGUGUACAUACACGGGGCCGUUAUUUUUAACACGGUGACAUCAUUCCAACCGGUUAGGGAGCAUUGAUUGAGGGCGUGUUUGAAUUGUGAGACGUUAUCGGUAGGCUGUAUAGAAUGUAGAAAGGAAUGUAAUAAACUUACUGUACGAAAGGA